AUGGCCAUUUUUAGUGCUCCCAGGUCCGUUCAAAAUGCCCACCUCUCCUCCCUGGUGCCUCGUCAGUUCAUGACGCAGUCUGAUUUGGGCAUCUCGCCCGCUCUCCUCCAAAAUGUCCCUCAUUCCAGUCACCCUUCCUUUUUGAACCUCGUCCUCCUGGUCUUCGAGGCCGUCCUGGAGGUCAUCUGCGUCAGUCUGCCCGGCUACAUUGCAGCUCGACAGGGCCUAUUCGAUGCCGAUGCGCAGAAACUGGUUGCCAAUUUGAAUGUCACUCUUUUCACGCCGUGCCUGAUCUUCACCAAGCUAGGCUCGCAAUUGACAGCCGAUAAACUCACCGAUCUCGCCAUCAUCCCCGUCAUUUUCGUCGUUCAAACCUUGAUAUCCUACCUUUGCGCAUUCGUGGUAGGCCGAUGUUUCCGCUUCAAGAAACGGGCGGCCAACUUUCUAACGGCCAUGGCGGUGUUUGGCAACUCAAACUCGCUUCCGAUCUCCCUAGUCAUGUCACUGUCGCAGACGUUGAAGGGCUUGCAUUGGGAUCGAGUGCCCAACGAUAACGACGACGAAGUAGCGGCCCGGGGAAUCCUUUACCUGUUGAUCUUCCAGCAACUGGGUCAGCUGGUCCGCUGGAGCUGGGGAUAUCACGUCCUUCUUGCUCCCCGUGAACGAUACCUUGAGGAAGCGGAGAGGGAAGAAGGGCCCACUCGUAUCGAGCAGGGUCAGGAAAGAUACACCGACAACCCAGAGCAAACCGACCCUGACGAACCGCUCGUUAGGACUCGCAGCUCGGAGGAUUUGCUGAGCGGCUCGUCGACGGGCGGCGAUGACGAGACGAGCGAGUUUCGCUCCGGCGACCAAACCCCGGUCAACCCGCGCACCUACUCGUACACGAAACUGCCGGCGCACGAGCCUACCCACGAGGAUCACCCUCGCUUGCUUGGGUCUCCGCCACGUGGGGAUUUCCUGCCCCGACAGAGCACCCACGGCGAUAUUCUCUGCUUCCCCAACGUCGAACUGCCCUCUGAGGACGACCAGCCCAAAACCGGCGUGAUUACGCGCGUGCGAAUCUCCACGCGCCAUCUAGGCGGUCGCGUCGCCGGUGGCUGGGAGACGGCGUCCGGCAAAGCGUUCCAAAAACUCCCCACGCGGCUGCAGAAGUUCAUCUCGCUCGUCUGCAUGUGGACGCGGAAGUUUUUCCGCGGCGCCUGGGAGUUCAUGAACCCGCCUCUUUGGGCAAUGCUCGUGGCCAUUGUUGUUGCGUCCGUCCCGGCGCUGCAGAAGCUUUUCUUCGAGGAGGGCACUUUUGUGCAGAACUCGGUCACUCGCGCCAUCAACCAGAACGGACAGGUCGCCGUCCCGUUGAUUCUCGUGGUUCUCGGCGCCAAUCUGGAGCGAAACACCCUGCCCAAGGAGGCCAUGGAGGACAUGGAGCAUCCCAGCGAGGAGCGCAAGCUGAUCAUCGCGUCCCUGGUGGCGCGCAUGCUGCUUCCGACUCUGUUUAUGGCUCCGUUGCUCGCCCUCGUGGCGAAAUACGUCCCCGUCAGCAUCUUAGACGAUCCGAUCUUUAUCAUUGUCUGUUUCCUGCUCACGGGCGCGCCGUCCGCGCUGCAGUUGGCGCAGAUUUGCCAGAUCAACAAUGUUUUUGUCGGCGCUAUGUCGAAAGUAUUAUUCCAGAGUUAUGUUGUGUGGAUUCUACCCUCUACUCUCAUUCUUGUCAUGUGUGCAUUGGAAGUCGUCGAAUGGGCUUCCGCUUAA